ACUAGAGCCUGAAAGAGAAACUGACAAUAGUGUAAAAGUAAACAGUUAUCACAUUGAAAGGGGAAAUAAGAAUAUUCCAGGAGAAAUAUAUUCACAAUGUACCAAAAAGAGGAAUCUUAAACGACAAAAUCAAUCUCUGGAAAUUGAGUUUGGUAUAAUGCAAGAAAUAUGCCGAAAACAAAAGCGAAAGGUUAAAACCAGAGGCCAUUAUAAAACAUGUCAUUAGGUGGGAACCUGAACAAAUAUGUGAAACUGGUCUCUUUUAGUGUUUAGGUCCGAGCGCCACCGAUGCGUGUUAUGUAGACGAAACGCGCAAAUUAUAAGUCGAGUAUGUUUGAUAAGUUUUCCUAAAGAAACAUUGAUUUUCAUUUUCCUUUUUAUAUAAGGCUUAUUCUUCUUUAAUUUCUUAUUAAUAGUCAUUUGUAAAUCAUAAUCGCAUUUGAAACUAUAAAUUGAACUCAAAAUGAACGAAAUAUUUGCCACAGAACUUGAAGCAAGUACCGAUCAAUUGUUGAUAUAUAAAUAACACAUAGCCGAGAAGGUGAUAGAACAGAUUGUUACCAUGAAAAACAUUGUCAACUGAGUUCUUUCGAGGGGUACCAAUCUGCUCUAUCACCCUCUCAGCUAUGUGUUAAAUAAUUCAUUAUACUGAAUGUUCUCUUAUUAUUGACUUUUACUACCACAUUUUGAAUUGAAAGUACUUAACUAUGAAGUCAAGUACAUAACAACGACACAUUUAUUAGAAAAUCCACAAGUGAAGCAAGAUAUUUUUUUUUAUUUUGACAGUGUAUGAAAAAAGUUUUGAGGCCAAAAUGUAGAAUUUGAGCAUUCAAUUUGCCUUUAAUUCAUUGAUGUAAAUUCAAUUCAUUGUCCUUUAAAUUAUCGAUUUUUGAUUGGUCUCCACAAGAAGGCGACAUUGAACAAAUUAUCUCCGGCUGAUCCAUGGGAUGGAAUAAAUUAUCUCUCUCGUAUUAGCCAAUCAAAAUCUGGCAUUUUUACGUGAAGUAUAAUAAAUGCUUAAUAUUGUAUGAAAUAGAAUAAACGAUUUGAAAGUAAUUAGUCCAUAGAACGUAAUGCAAAUAUCGAUCAAUUUUUAAUGCUAAAUAUUGUGUGACAUAUAAUAAAAUAUUUGAAAUCAUAAGUCCUAGUACUAUAAAGUCACCAGAUUCUCAAAGUCGUUACAUUCUGAAAAGUAUCAAUGGUCCCAAACUUUCUAAAUACUCUAUUAAUGUUCUUAAAUUAUUCUGAUUUUUCUUACCCUUGUGUCUUAACAAUCUGAACACUGUCUGAAAUUUUUUUCAUCAGCACAUUUUUAACAGUUUUAACACUCUAUCAAUUAAAUUCAAAACAUUCUAGACAGUCUGAAACUGGCAUUAUCAAGAUGCCCAGUUUCUUGACUGACAAGACUAAUAUGUACUCAUCUAUCCCAUCAAGCUUAAAUUGAAAGAAACAUCAUAUAGAGUAAAGUCUGCCUGGAGCACCUAAGAUCACCCCGGAUGUUUGGUGUUGCUCAGCCUUAAGUUUUCUAUUUUGUGUUUUGUAUACUGUUGUUUGUCUUUUUGUUUGUUUUUUUUUGCCAUGACGUUGUCAGUUUAUUUUAGACUUAUGAGUUUGAAUGUUCCUUUGGUAUCUUUCGCCUCUCUUUGACAGGAUAAGCGUUUCCUUAUGUAGAUCACUAUUUCGGUAUCAGCCAUAUGCCACUUCUUAUGAUUUUGAAUGAAACGACAAUCCAUGACAAACCAAAUGACGUACUUGUCAUUCUAUUUGAAAUAUAAUUGAUUUACACUAAGUACUGACAUGUAUUUGUAUGCAAGAAAGAUCGUUGAUUGUUAAUUCAACCAUGAGCAGAAGCCAUACCACAGAACAACCUAUAUUAGGCCCAAACAAUUCAAACAAAAAAACCAAUUGCCUCAUGUAUGUACAUACAAUAAACGAAAAACAAAUAUAUAAGCAAGCAACUCAUGACAGCCACUGAAUUACAGGCUCCUACCUUGUGACUAGCAUAUAUGAAAACAUUUAUUAACAAAAUACCGAACUUAAAGGUAAAUUACUAACCGAGUGCUUUAAUUUUCCGUGUUGCAACAUAUGACCUUGGUAACCCAGGCAACGUCUGCAUGCAUCUAUAUUCACGUAUACAUAUCGCUUCGAUCAUCUAGAUAUCAAACUACUAGUAAUCUAUAUUCUUUUUGCAGCAAUACAUACAUAGUUUACAUACAAUAUUAGGUCAACGUCAGAAAAAUAUAAACAUUUUUUUACGAGUCUGAGAUACCAGGGAAGAGCAAGGUUUAACCGAGCCCUUCCCCAGUGUUGUGCCGAAUAGAAACAAGAUUAUAUUUUUUCUGACAUUGACCUAAUAUUGUGUUGAUACUUCAACUUAAAUUCAUACUCCGAUAGCUAUUUGAAUUGUAAUACAAAUUUUAAACUUAUAUUCAUCCCUAAAUGAACCUCUGAUUGUGGAAAAAGUGAUCCAUGAUGAAAUUGAUAUUGCACAAAAUAUAGCUUUGUUACCAUGUUUAGGAAAUAAACACAACUAGUUGCAGUGUAAAUACAAUACAUACAGAGUUUAUACAAUUCUUCAACAAUAACUUCUAUGGCAAUUUCAAGUACCUUUUGAAUUAAAUGUAUAACAAAACAGUUACAUAAUUUACCACCUCCAGCGGCUUUCAACAAAAUCGAAGUAACCAGAUAAUCAAGCAAUAAGUGCACAUCAGUCUUUUUAAAACCAUCAAAAUUGAUCGCAUGUCGUCAAUUUACCAACAAAAGAUCCAUUACUUUAAUGCUAAUUUUAGAUAUUAAAUAUUAUAUUGAUUCGUGAAGGUUGGCGAUUAAACAAGGUAGGUUUGAUAAUACCAUUACUAAAAGAAUUUAAAUGAUUGGAAUCAUCACACAUGUAAAAUUCAUGUCUGAGAUAUUAUCAACCACAUGUUUAGAAUUAAAAUAAGGAGAUAUGCUGUAUUUCUGGUUAGACAACUAUCCGCCUGAUACCAAAUUACUGGGUGUAAGCAAUUAUAGUGAGUAGAACUAACCGCCAGAUGCAGCAAUGGUAUUCAUUUUAAAUGAAACAAAGGAAAUUAUAUAUGUAAAGGUCAUUGGAAAUAAAGAACUGACCGUAGAUAAACGUAUUGGAAUCAAACAUGAAGAUUGUGAUGCGAGGAAAGGUGUACUUACCAACGAGGAAACUGAAUGGCAAUGGCCAAAAGAUCAUGGCUUUAUCAAAAUUUUGCCUACGGAAAAUUUAAAGCUUAGCCCAGUGGCUGACAAAAAAACAAUUCAUGUAACAAUAAUUACUAAAACACAAAGAAUUUGCAAUGCCUUUCCUAUUCGGAAAAAAGAGCAAGUCAUUGUGAAGGCUGAAGAUGAAUUAUUGUGUGUUGAAAUUGCCAAAAAGAAGGGAAAUGUUUUAGGGAGAUACACAAUUGGAGUAGAAUCAAAAAGGGAAGUUGAUAAUAGUUCAAAGGCUAGAGAUGAUCACCUUUACAGGGAAAGACAAAUUCAAGCGGAAAGAGGACACAAUACCAAACUGCGGCCAAACUAUUGGGACACCAAACGAAUGUACCAAUUUACUAUAGAAACUUGCAAACCUCAAGAACGACAUGACAAUGGGAAAUUACAUGGUUGUAGGAAAAAAACAUCCGAUAAGGUCAGGCCAGUUACUGACAAUGGGGAAUAUAAUGGUUGUAGAAAGAAAAUAUCCUAUAGGGUCAGGCCAGUUACUGGACAUAACGAAACAAUAUCACGCAUUGGCAUAAUUGCAAUCAGCGAGCAAAAUUCUAAAGACUUUAUGAGAUCCCUGAUAUCCGAAUUAGAGCAAAAUCCAGGUAUAAAUGUGAGGUAUUGCGAAAUACAUCAAGAUAAUUAUAUUGAAGAAUUCAAUUAUCAUGUUUACGAAAUUCAACUCAACAUAAGAAAUUUCGAUGUGCAGAAACAACGAACAUUACAUUGGCCAAUAGAAGUUGCCGAAUAUUAUACAAUGGAUUAACGAAAAUAUGUAUAACAGCCUUUCAGUUAACAAUUUCGAAGUAAUGUUUAAACUAUUUAAAAACUAAACAUGUUUCUAUUAAAUACUUUGUACAAUAAACAAGGUUUUUCUUUCGUU